CAAAGCACGUCCGCAUGAGCGCCAGAACAUAACCUCAAUCUCGUACUAAUUGAUGUCAACAGUGUUUCUUGCACAUAGCAUCGUGCGUGAUUAUUACUUCAAUAAUUAUUUAAAAAAAGUGAAAUGGGGACCCCGAAAAAUAUGAAAAACUUGAAAACACCUCUCUCUACCAUCAAAAAAGGCCCAAGUAAAGGCUUGAGAAAUAUAUUGGCACACCCCGACGACUUCUGCUGGCCUAUUUUGAGAGACGAGACAGGAGAGAUCUUGAAGAAUAUAUUGAACGAAUCAUUGCCGAAUAAAAUCGCUUCUCCGCGAGAAAUAUCUUGGGUUCAACUGCAAAAAAUGUCGAAGGAAGAACGUGCCGCUCUGAAGAAAGAGAGCAAAUCAAAGAAAAUGAAAACUAUAGGAGAUGGAAUCAGCAAUGGGAUGUGUCUAGGUAUUAAUGCAGUCACUCGAGCCCUCGAGAGAGACACUCUGGCUUCUGUUUUGGUGGAUUCCAACGUGGAACCUCUGAUUAUGAUCAAGCACGUGGUUACAAUGUGUCAAAAUAAUAAUCUGCCAGUGAUUCUUGUGUCAUUCCUGAAGAGUUGUACUUCCCAGAGACUUGGAUUUGCAUCUGCAGCUCUAGGACUGAAGAAAUCAGCCAUUGAAGACAGAACUUCAUAUUUUUAUAAAUUACACGAAAAUGUAUCGAGUUUGGCCGAGGGAUUACCGAAAGCCAAACAUCCAAUGCAAUUAUUUGAUAAUGAUGAUGAUGAUGACGAAGAAGAAAAAACAGAAAAACUUCCGUUAGACUGCAAAAAUGAACAGACACCACCUUUCAAGCUGUCCACUAAUGUUUAUCUAUACAGAAAAUCUGUUAAUGAACGUGCCUUCGUACCGCCGGACUCCCAAACGUCUCCAGAGAAGUCCGAAACGGUAUCUAAUGACUUUAUAUCUUUGAAAGAUGAUUUAGACAUGGAAGAGUUCAACAAGAACGCUGAACAGAUCGGCAAAAGGGAAAGAUACGUUGAUAUUCAUGGGCCAAAACCAAAAAAAUUGAAGGAAAAUCGUGGGAGAAUUGGGAAGCCGAUCAAAGUUCACAAGAAUAAAAUUGUAAUUGAGAAUGAUAAGUCAAAUUAUUGUCCAUUGAAAGUGAAGAGAAUCCAGGGCAAUCCACAACGUCUGAAGGCGGCGAAAACUCCAAAACUUAAAAAGAAAUCGAGUGCUACGAACAAAUCUAGCUAAGUCUCAAUGCUUUUCAUUGAAUAAUAAUUCCGAUGGAACUCAAUACAAAUGAUUAUGUGAUUAUUAUUUACCAAUAAACUUUCUGAAACCCAAAAAAAA